UGGGAGCAGGCCGGGCACCCAGACCAUUGGUGGCUGGCUCCAUCCAUUGCCCGGGAGCGCGCGGGUGGACCCUUUUUUUUCUCGGGUGGGUGGGUCACGCUGCUCCCCUUUCUCGGGCCAUGCCUGACGCUGCCCUUCGCUUUGCCUUUGUUCUUGCGUGCCUUGUUGGCUAGCCUGUGUUGUUGCCUUCCCUCUCGUUUGCUAUAAACCCUCGAUGCGAUGCCGCCUCAUGCACGCCUCUCACACAUUGUGCAGUGCCUGGUGCCUCAGUGCCUGCCCUGCCCUGCCCUUUGAUAUGGUUUCUGGUUAUUUUUAUUAUUCCCUCCCUUCUGCUGGCCCGGCGCGCGCGUCUCUCUCCCUUGCCAUCUGAUCGAUCUCGGCAAAAAAACUGCGAGAUCUUGGCGUGCUGCCGGCGAUAAGAUUCUCCCCGGCGCAAGCACAUCACCAGAGCGAAGAUCGCCGGGAGAGAGGGACAGAUCAUGCUCGGGGAACGGUGUGUGGCGAGGAAUGUUGACUAGUUGUUUAAUACGAGAUCAAGAAGGACAAAGCAAUUAAACAAGCAGCAGGCUUUGUGCUUUGUGGGUGUCCCUCCUCUGGUUCACUGCCCCGCUCUCCACUCCAGCUCCAUACAUUAGUUUACUCCUCCUGAGGUACUUUGUGCUCCUCCCCCUUCUGGCCCCUCACUGCCUACGAUAGCAGCAGCACCGGCCGCAUAAGUAGGUUGGGCGCUAGAGUGCGCUUCAAGCAGCAGCGCUGUUGCUGCAUCGGAACCCAUCCCCACUAUUUGUUUGUUUUCGCUGUACGAGCGAUCUCCUGGCCGGCUCCGGCACGUUGCAAUAUUCGGUCUUCUCUUCUCGGCGCAGCAGCAACUUGUUCUUGUGCGCUGCCUCGCUGCUCUGAGCCAUUUGCCGUUGCUGCGGUGGACAAGUAUGGGAUAGUGGUUGUGGUGCUGUGCAGUUCUUGCUUCUUACAAGUGGUGGUGGUGGUGGUGGUCUGGACGUCUGGUCUCUGCGUGAGCAUUGGACUAGAGGAGCGGGAAGCUGUGCGGCUCCUCUUUCGUGGUCAAGAUGAAGUUCAUGAAGCUUGGAUCAAAUCCGGAUACAUUUCAGGGAGAUGGGAAUGAAGUCAGUAUUGCGGCAUCUGAAUUGGUGAGCGACAUCACUGUUCGUAUAGGGACUACAAAGUUUUACCUUCACAAGUUUCCGCUCCUAUCCAAGUGUGCUCGCUUCCAGAAGUUGAUUCCAACUACUGGCGAUGAAAAUAUUGAGAUCCACAUCCAUGAUAUUCCUGGUGGUGCCAAGGCUUUUGAGAUCUGUGCCAAGUUUUGCUAUGGCAUGAUUGUCACACUCAAUGCCUACAAUGUGAUUGCCGCCCGCUGUGCCGCAGAGUACCUGGAGAUGAACGAGACUGUUGACAAGGGCAAUCUGAUCUACAAGAUCGAUAUCUUCCUCAGCUCAAGCAUACACCGGAGCUGGAAAGACUCCAUAAUUGUUCUUGGUACAACAAAGGCUCAUUUACCUUGGGCAGAGGAUCUUAAGCUGGUCAGCCACUGCAUUGACUCUGUUGCUUCAAAAGCCUCUAUUGACGUUUCAAAAGUUGAAUGGUCAUACACAUACAACCGUAAGAAGCUCACAGUUGAGAAUGGUCAUGAUUCGCCAUGGAAUGGAGUCAAGCAGCAGCAGUUUGUUCCAAAGGAUUGGUGGGUCGAAGAUCUGACAGAUCUCGACAUUGACGCCUACAAGCAAGUCAUAACAGCAGUCAAAACCAAGGGUACGGUGCCCAAGGAUGUGAUCGGUGCGGCGAUUAAAGCCUACACUUACAAGAAGCUCCCGUCACUAAGCAAGGUCUCGAUGAUCCAUGGCGACGCAAAAGUUCGGGCUAUGCUAGUUACCAUCACAUGCCUGUUGCCAUCCGAGAAAGGUUCGGUUUCGUGCAGCUUCCUCUUGAAGUUACUGAAGGCAACAAACUUGCUCAAGUGUGGAGAGAUGUGCAGGAAAGAGCUUAUGAAGCGCAUCGCACGGCAACUGGAAGAAGCGUCAGUGUCAGAUCUUCUGAUCCCUACGGUGGAUGGGGAUACCACCGUUUACGACAUCGACCUGAUUCUUAGCAUUGUUGAAGAAUUUGUCAGACAAGAUAGCAAGAAUGCCCAGAGACAUAACGGUGGUGAGGUGAACGACCACGUAUCUGCUCCUAGUGCGUCAAUGGUUGCAGUGGCCAAAACUGUCGAUGGAUAUCUCGCAGAGGUUGCAAGGGACCCAAAUAUACCGGUCUACAAGUUUUUCAGCCUAGCUGAGACGGUUUCGGGAGGUUCAAGGCCGGUUCAUGAUGGACUGUAUCGUGCCAUUGAUAUGUAUCUGAAGGAGCACCCAAGCUUGGGCAAGAGCGACAAGAAGAGGCUAUGUGCCCUGAUGGACUGCAAGAAGUUGUCGCCCGACGCGUGCGCUCAUGCCGUGCAGAACGAGCGCCUGCCUCUGAGGAUCGUGGUGCAGGUGCUGUACCACGAGCAGACAAGGGCCUGUGCCGCAGCCACCGCCAUCCGAGCCGACAGCAUCGGCAUCGGCUCCUACGAGAGCUCAAGGUCAGGCGCCACAACGAACACAGAGGACGAGUGGGACGGCGUCAUGGCCGUGGAGGACCUCAGCCUGUCCAAGACGACGAAGCUGGUGGACAAAUGCGACACGGCGGCCAGUACGGUCGUCGUGGGGAAGGACAAGGACCACGGUGGCAACAAGGGCGCCACCGGCAGGGUGGCCAAAGGUGGCGCUGGCGCGGCGACACCAAAGAAGGCGCUCGGGAAAACGGUGUCCGGCAAAGGGCAGACCGGGGAGCGCAGCAGCUCGGACUCAUCCGACAGCGCCGUCGCCGUCGCAGUCUUGACCAGCCAGGAGCAUCCCAAGAGGACGACCCGCGCAAGGAACGCCGCCAAGUCGGCUGCUGCGUAGCCCUUCCGCUGAGAGAAAUGCUCAAGGAGCACUAGCUAGGUUUUAGCAGUCGUCUGUUCUUUGUUAUUACGAGUGUUGCAUAGAAGCCAGGACCAUGUUUUUUACACGUCUGUAGCUGCCUGUAGGGAUGGUGUAAUACCAGGUACGUGCGUUGUUAGGUGAUGCUGUUAGCACGUAGGUUCCAAACCUAUGAGACCUUGGGCUCUGCUGGGUUUAUGUCGAACUCGCAGUUGUGUUAUAAGAAUCCUACUUUGAUAGACUUAAACUGUUCUGCA